GUCGUCUAUCGGGAGCAAACGAACUGUGUGCAUGCUGAUUGGAAAAUCCUUACAAUGGUCCAGCAACUUUCGUUAACUGCCCAGGUUGCCAGCCCAAGAAUAGAGCGAUUACUUCUCACAUUAGAGACGCUAACCGGUAACAUAUGUUCUCCAAUGCACCAGCAUUCGGUGAUUUUGAAACCCAGAUAUCCUUUCACGCCAGAACCAAUACCGGGUAAGUUUAUUCAAAUAGAAAGCUAUAGAAUUAGGAUGAACCGGAUCUGGGAAAAAGGCUUUCCCAAAGAAUUUUUGAACAAGGACGAAAAAGAGAACGAGGCGGAUGUUUUCGGAGAAUCUAUAACUAAACCAAACCCAAACGUCAACUCAUCGAUAUGGACACUGCAGCUUACAGAUAUACCUGCUGGAGGUAAGAAUUCAGUACUUAUUCAAAAUAUAUAUGAAACCACAAUCUAUCAAACAGAUGAUGUCAUUGGAUAUCUUGACGAGUUGGGAUACAUGCAUGAAGCUGAGUUUUGGACGGACGGUGUGCGCUUUUACUAUGGAAAUGUUAUAAUUGAGCUAUCCCGUUUAUAUAUAAAGGCAGACGAAAUGGUGAUCGACCCAGUGGAAGAUUCUGAAACCUCGAAACUUAGCUUAUUAGACCCAACCGGAACGUGCCACGUAAAGGCGUACGUCAAUGUUGGUGCCCUCAACGACCUAGAAAGUGCUGCAAUAGGGAUAAAGCAACUAGAAUCCUUGAAAAAGGAAUUGUCGGAAAUCGUCGAGUUGCAUAUUCCUGACAGAACUGCGAUGGACAGCAGAAUAAACUCGAGA